UCAGCAUGAGAAACUAAUUACUUUCACUUACUAUUAACAAGACAACUGCAGAGUAAUACAAACCUCACGCUGCAACCUGCAGGUCGUAGUCAGUGGUGGAGUCAAACUAGUGGCGUGGGGGCAAUUGCCCCAUAGCUGCUGGUCAUCGAUCCUUUUGAGUCCUAUAGCACCCUUCUUACAUAAGUUUGCACCGUAGAUAUAAUCCGUGUAACUAGAGAGUUGGUUUGACUGGUUGAGAAAUCGGAGCUUUUGAUUUCUUAAUUAAUUUAUAUAUAUAAGUGUUUGGGUUUGGUGAACUUAAUUAUCUUCCCUUCCUCUUUCCAUCUGUCUUGAAAAGAACUAGAAGGAAGACCAAAGAUUUCACAGACGAAGAGAGAUUACUUCAAAAACCCUCUUUCGUGGUGCUACUAUCGAUAUCAGAAAAGAUCAGAGUUUUAGGGUUGGGGUUUGAUAUUUGGUGAAUUUGGGAUUUUAUGGGACUAGUCUAGAAUGUAUUAAGAAAUGAGAAAAGAUGGGCUGUGUAUUUGGUAGAGAAAUUUCUUCUCUAGAAGUGAAACAGAUAGAGGAGGAGAAUGUUAAUGGAGGAAGCAAUAAUCUGGUUGUAUCUACAGGUACAAAACCCGAGAUUAUUGUGGCCAAAGUUGUGAGUAGUAGUAGUAAUAAUGAAGUUCAAAAUGGGAAUAAUCAGAAAGAGGAGAAGAAAGAUGAGAGUAGUAAAAAUUCAAGAGGUGGUGAAAGAAGAAGAACGUCUAAACCAAAUCCGAGAUUGAGUAAUCCACCUAAGAAUUUACAUGGUGAACAAGUCGCUGCUGGUUGGCCUGCUUGGCUUUCAGCUGUUGCUGGCGAGGCUAUUAAAGGUUGGACUCCUCGGCGUGCUGAUGCUUUUGAAAAGAUCGAUAAGAUUGGGCAAGGAACUUACAGCAAUGUAUACAAGGCUAGAGAUACUUUAACAGGGAAAAUUGUGGCACUUAAGAAGGUUCGGUUUGACAAUUUUGAGCCAGAGAGUGUAAAAUUUAUGGCUAGAGAGAUUCUCAUCCUUCGACGACUGGAUCAUCCAAGUGUUGUGAAAUUGGAAGGCUUGGUGACUUCAAGGAUGUCCUGUAGUUUGUAUCUUGUCUUUGAAUAUAUGGAGCAUGAUCUAGCUGGACUAGCUGCAAGCCCGGAUAUUAAAUUUACAGAGCCACAGGUAAAAUGUUAUAUGCAGCAACUGCUAUCAGGCCUUGAGCAUUGUCAUAAUCGUGGUGUAUUACACCGUGAUAUUAAGGGUUCUAAUCUCCUUCUUGAUAAUGGAGGGUUACUUAAGAUUGCUGAUUUUGGGUUAGCUUCUUUCUUCGAUCCUAACCACAAGCAUGUAAUGACUAGUCGAGUGGUUACUCUGUGGUAUCGAGCCCCAGAACUGCUUUUAGGGGCCACAGACUACGGUGUUGGGGUUGACCUUUGGAGUGCAGGAUGUAUUUUAGCCGAGCUGUUGGCGGGGAAGCCUAUUAUGCCUGGACGUACAGAGGUGGAGCAACUUCACAAGAUUUUCAAGCUAUGUGGAUCCCCUACUGAGGAGUUCUGGAAAAGGUCAAAAUUGCCACAUGCAGCCAUAUUUAAGCCCCAGCAACCAUACAAACGGUGCAUACUAGAGACAUUCAAAGAUUUCCCACCAUCAUCACUGUCACUUAUUGAAACUCUUCUUGCAAUUGAUCCUGCUGAACGCCUGACUGCCACCGCUGCGCUAGCGAGUGAAUUCUUCACAACAGAACCUCAUGCAUGUGAACCUUCAAGCCUCCCACAAUAUCCUCCUAGCAAGGAGAUGGAUGCUAAGCUACGUGAUGAAGAAGCUAGAAGGGUCCGUGCUGCUGGUAACAAAGCAAAUGUAAAUAAUGUCAAGAAAACUCGUACGCGUGAACGAGGUGCGAGGGCAUAUCCUGCUCCAGAAGCCAAUGCAGAGCUUCAAACCAAUAUCGAUAGACGGCGUUUAAUUACCCAUUCAAAUGCUAAGAGUAAAAGCGAGAAAUUUCCACCUCCACACCAGGAUGGAGCCCUUGGCUUUCCCUUGGCCUCGUCUCACCAUAUGGAACCUCCAGAAGUACCAUAUAGUACAACAUCAUUAAUAUACAACCAAAAAGGACCCGUGCAAACUUGGUCUGGACCGUUGGUGGACUCCACUUCAUUUGGUACUCAGAGACGGAGGAGAAAAGAAAAGAAAGAAAGAAAAUAAAGCUGAAAGUUGAAAAGGAUUUGUUAAUUAUUUUCCACGGUAUUUUUUCGGCGUGUGGGGAUGACCUGACUAAUUAUUUGUCAAAGUAUGAGCUUCCACUAUUUCAUGUAUGUAUAUUUUCAAUUUAUUUGUAUCUUGUUGUGGUUCAGAAACUAAGUUGCUUUUUCAGUCAAUAGUGAAAUUCCAAUAAAUGUUGUCGUCGCUCAAA